CUAGGGCUCGCUUAUUUAGGAAGACAUACACAUAUCAAGGGCCUCCUUUCACCCUUCUGAGGCCCAGGGACAAUAUUUCUUAUUUCCCAUCUGGCAGGACAAUCCCGCCCACUGUCAUCUCAUAGCUCUAUAUAAGACAGCAAAAGGGCCCGACGAUAAGACGUUUCUCUCCAGACAAGCAGACCAUGCAGUGUAAAGUCCUCAUCUAUGUCGUCCUCCUGGGUCUCAUAAAGCAUGUGUCUCCAAGUGAAAUUCAGGCCAGCCCAAACACAAAUGUAACCCUCCCCUGCCAUGUGACGUUCCCUGCCUCUGUAGAAGGGAACAAAAUGGACCAAUCUCUCCUCAAUGUCAGCUGGGUGAGUAACGGUUCUAAGGUCGCCUCAUUUGGAAAAGCGACGGCACGAACAGAGGAAGGCUUCAGCUGGGACACCAGCAGUUUUGUCGAUGGGGACUUUUCACUGACCAUCCUCAGAGCCAGUCUCGACGUGCAGGGGGUGUAUGAGUGCACGGUCAGCUACAACUCUAUAAUGCUGCGCUCCAGUAAUGUUACAUUUGGUGUCCUCGCUCCCCCCACUCUUUCAAUCCCUCAGCAGUGGGUGGUGUUGGAGACAGAGAGCCAGCUUGAAUGCCAUGCAGAUGGUUUCUACCCCCCUCCUGUCUUUUUCUCCUGGACCAGAGAUGGGCAAGUGAUUCAACCUCCCUACCAGGUAGAAGGUGAACAGACUCCAGAUGGUUACUACACGGCUGCAGGCAACCUGACCUUCUACCCUUCCCGCGAGGACCAGAAUGUGACCUUUGGCUGCAAAGUGUCACACAAUGGCAGCUAUCAGGAGCUGGAUUUCCUGCUCAACAUCACCUAUCUCCCCUCUGUUAGACUUUCUGCUGUGCCGACACGCUCCAACAAUGGUCCUCUCACUCUUUACUGUGACCUGGAGAGUUUCUACCCAGAGGAGGUGUCCGUGUCCUGGAUUCAAAAUGGCACAACCCUUCCUGAGCCGCUCGCUGCUGAGCAAAAUCCAGACGGGACCUACAGAACCAGACGCUAUUAUACCUUGAGCCCCGAGCAGAGGGGGCAAGGUGGGAAGGUGGAGUGUGCAGUGAGUCAGCCUGGGGUGGUGCACCCGGUCAGCAGCACAGCAUACCUGGAGAAACUGGAUCCUCAGGAUGAGGCCCCAGUGUUGACUAAAUCAGCCAAAGCAUCUGUGGCUAUGAUGUGUAUUUCUAUAGUGCUGGUAUUCCUGCUCUGCUUCGGCUUUUCUUGGAGGAGAAGGGAUGAGAAACAGAAGUCUCUCAAUGUGUCAGGGAUCAUCCUCCCUCCACGAGUGAUCGUAGGUCAAAAGGGCAGGGUGACAGUGAGCAUUGAAGGCAGGAGGGUGGACCGAGUCCAGACUGCGUGGUUCCUCAACGACACCCCUAUCUCUGACACCUCAUUCACAGGGACCUCCAAAGCUAACUUUAACUGCCUCUACAACCCCCUAACCACCAUCCAUUUGCCCUACGGCCUAACUCUCACCUCCCCAGCAUCAGAGAAGGGUCCUCUGCUGUCCUCCAGAGGCGAGAUGGGUUACUACAAGCUGCACACUCAGGGGCCCCUGCACUCAUCUGGAAGUGGCACUCAGCAGCUGAUCUCUGCGCUCACCUUCAUCCCCCAGAUUUCGAUCCACAAGGCAGCGGUGUUUAAGUGUCAGGUGUCCUACAUAGGCAAGGACAAGAUUGUGGUGGAGAGGGUAUCAGAGAAGUUUACCAUCCUGUCUGCUCCAGAAGUAUCAGAAAUCCAGCUGGCAGAGACACCAAAUGACUCGGAUGUCAUCAGCCUGACGGUGCGGGCGUCACAUUUCCACCCGGACGUCAUCACCUUCCGCUGGUUCUGUCAGGGGGGCGAGCUGAGCCCCGUGGCCUCUCAGGCCUCGUCCUCCCCUCGACCCAAUUCUGAGGGCUUCUUUUCAGCCUACAGCCAGUGUAAGCUGCCACGGAGUGAGCUGGAAAAGGGAGUCACCAAAGUGUGGGUCAGCGUCCACCACAUCGCCCUGAAGCAACCAGUCACCCGUGAAACCAGAGGCUUCAUCAAGAGGCCGUGCGUGUCCGAAAUCGCCAGCUCCACUUCCUCCCUGGAUCAGACUUUGACCUUGGGAUGUGAGAUCACAGAUUUUUACCCACCAAACAUAUCGGUCACUUGGCUGAAGCUCAGAGAGGGAGAGCAAGACGACAGAGAGGAGGAGGUGAUCGAGGGAGGAGAGAUGUGGGGCCCCAUACAAACUCAUCCCAGAGUCUACAGGGCCACAGCCACUCUGAAGAGAAGGGCAACAAAUCAGGAGAAGAAGGAGAAAAGAGGAGGGAUUAUUUGUAGAGUGGAGCACUGUUCCCUGCAGGAGCCUAUUGAGAGACACUGGAGAAAUGUUGACAUUGUUGCUCCCUCCAUUCCCCCGUCGAUCUCGGUCUGUUGGAGCAGUGAAGGGGUCGGUGUGUUCUCUCUCCUGCUGAAGGGAGGUCACCCUAAGGUCAAAUUACUGUGGGCCGCAGGAGGGCCCACUCUCUCACCAGUGGUGUCCAAUGAAACAGAGGAGAUAGGAGAUGACGGUCAGAGGGAGCUGAAAAGCGUGUGCGCCCUGGAGAGGUCCACAAGCCUGCCAAGUCAAACAAACAAACAGCUGGACAGACAGAAGAAUGGACACGCAAUAAAAACAAAAGCUGCUGUUACAGACCCUGACGCUGAGGGAAUAGAGUACAUAGAUGAAAAAGUGGAUGGAGAGAAUAACAACAUCGACAGGGACGAGGAAACAAAGUCAGAGGUGGACGAGGACAGCGACAGAGAAAGAGAAGAGGACCCGGGGGCUUUGCACAUCAACAGAGUGAACUUGAGCAAGGGUCCCAGAGAAAAUGAGAGAGCCCGUUUGAGAGUGUGCGUGGAGAUCACACACCCUGCACUCAAGCUUCCUGUUUAUCGAACCUGGACAGAGCCCAAUGAGGAAAUUUCAUCUUCUACAUGAAAGCCCGGAUGUUUGAAGAGUGCCUCUAUAUUUCAUAUAUCCCAUAUAAUAUACAUCUAAUAUACUGUAUGUCUCUAUAGUAAAUAUAAAGUAGCAGUCACAAGUGUGGUUUUGCUUCACUGUUGGUCUUUAUUUAUUAUUUUAUAUUCUUAAUCUGUCAUCCAUUACUUCUUCCUCCAACUCCAUGAUUUUUACAAAUGUUCAUAUUUUUGUACAAAGAAUAGUACAAUAAUAAUCAAGCUUGUUUUUUUUUUGUAAAUUCUCAACUGGAAAAUAAAAACUAAAUGAACUUUU